AUGAUUCAAUUCCUCGAAAAUCAUUGUAAAUAUUUAGAGAGAACCUCCGUCGAAAAAACAAAAACGCAUCAGUCUAAUAAUAUAAAAAAAAAAUCGAGUACAAACAAUACGAAUUCAAAGUCCUUUGAACGUCUUACAUCCCACGCGACGACGAAAGUAAUUUGUCCUCUUUGUCAAGCGUCGCAUUCAUUAUACAACUUCGAAAAAUUCGGAGCGCUUCCGAUUGAAUCUAGGAUUGAUGAAGUUAGGAAACAACGAUUCUGUUUUAACUGUUUGAUUACUGGUCGUCAUAAUAGACAAUGUAAUGCCGGAUCGCGUAAUAAGUGUCACAAGAAGCACAAUACUUUGCUUCAUCUUGACUACUUUGUUAGACCUCAAACGACAGAUUCUAAUACUCAAGUCGAAUUGCCUGCUCCACAUUUAGAACCUGUGAACAAGACAUCAACAGUGCUUACGAAUUUAAAUGAUCCUCUUGCCAAUGAAGAAAUCAUGUUAGGUACAGCCAUAGUUUGGGUCGAAGAUAGUAGUGGUAAACUUCAUGAAUGCCCCGCGUUACUCGAUUCUUGUUCCCAGGUUAAUAUUGUCACACGCAAAUUAUGUCAUCGUUUAAAAAUUGAAAUGUCAAAUUCGGGCACUGUGGUCUCGGGAGUAGUUAAAGCAAUUCAAGAGCCACAGUACUGUAAAAAUAUUAAAUUCAGCUCAUGGUCGACAAAGUUUUCGAGAAAUAUAAAAUGUUUAGUAGCGUCGGAAAUCACAGACGACAUGCCAAACCUUCCCGUGCGUCGAAGUGAUUUCGAAAUUCCGAAAGGUCUUGUUCUUGCGGAUCCAUUGUUUACUAAAACUCGUCCUGUCAAUCUGUUAAUUGGUGCGAGUCUUUUCUAUAGUCUUAUAUGUGUAGGUCAAAAACAUCUGCGCAGAGAUCAUCCAAUUUUGCAGAAAACUCAACUAGGAUGGAUUGUCGCUGAUCCCAUGCCGGUCCCUUCGUGUACGAGGAAAGCAGUAUGUAAUUUAAUAACAAAUCAACAAUUGCAUGAUCAAGUUAAACAAUUUUGGGAGAUUGAGAACCAUAAAUUGAAGAACAAUUUUCUAAAGCUUGAUCAUCAUGAUGAAUUGGAACAUUUUCUUUUCACUACUGAGCCAGAUGAGGAUGGACGAUUCGCCGUGACAAUGCACUUCAAAGACAAGAUCAAUGAACUCGGAGAAUGUCUGCACACUGCAGAAAAGCGGUUUAUCUCCAUGGAAUGCAAAUCAAGGACUUGGAAUUUAGGGAAAAAUUCAUCGAGUUUAUGGAAGAUUGCGAAAAACAAGGCCACAUGA